AUGUCACAAGCUUCUUUUACUGGCUUUAUUACUAUAGAAGACAUAAAAAAACCAAAAUAUGAUGUCAAUCAUCUGUUAGACCCUAAUUAUGAUUCAUACGUGAGAGAUAUAUUACCUGUUAAAAUUUAAAACUUUGAAAUUAAGAGACUUGAAUGGGAUGAUUUCACAGGUGAACCAAAUAAAGAAUCUCCUUGGAUUGCUCAUAGUUAUUGGAGUAUUCAUUAUGAUAUACCAAAGAUGGAAAUAAGUAGAGCUUCUUCAAAUUAGAAAUAACCACCAACAGUUACUAACCAAAAAAAUAGUAAUGCAAAUAUCAAUUAAUAAUCUGAAAAAAUUAAAUAAUCACCUAAAAAUUAAACUUAAAUCACCUAAUAAUCUUAAGAAAAGGUUAAUGUAAAAUAAUAAUCACCAAAGUUGCCUCCAAAAAUACCUUUAUAGCAAAAUAAUAUUUAAAAUAGAAUUAAUAGUAGACUACAGAAUUAAGCACCCACUCCAGCUCUUAGAAUAGCAAGUCUUUAAGGAGUGUAAAGACAAUCUCAAUAGAAAAACUAAACGCCAAAAAAAUCAUCUAGAAGCAAUUCAAAUAGCACCCUUAUGAAACAAUAAUCUCCAAGAUAAUAAUUAAAUAUCCCUGUGUGCUGUAAACUUUUGGCAAAGUCAUGGACGAAAUCUAAUUAGUAUGAUGAUCUAUUAGAACACGAAACUGGGCACUAUUUAAUUGGGUGCUUGUGUGCUCUAGAAUUUAAAAGAAAAGCAGAAUAGAUGGAAUUAAAAAAUUCAGAAAACCAGAUGCAAGAAAUCAAAUAGUUAUUUCAAGCUAAUUUUAGGACGUUUUUGAGAAUAGAAAAGGAUUACGAUGAAGAAACAAGUCAUUAUUGUAAUUGGAGAAUGUAAAUGAAAUGGAAUAGAAAAAUUAAAGAGUAAUUAUUGUUGUAUGAAAUGUAUUUUAAUAAUUGA